AUGAAUGAAAUGUUUGAACAACGUGACAUGGUGUCAUAUGUGUUACAGAUCGAAGUGAUAAAACAAGUCGCAAAAUUGGUUGAACAAAACAAGGACAUUCGCAAAAAGUCACAAGCAUCCACUGGAGUGUCUGGUCCUGAAGCUCCAGUAGUGCGUCCAGGUGUUACCCCUUUCACGGCGCAGUCACAAGCAUCCACUGGAGUGUCUGGUCCUGAUGCUCCAGUAGUGCAUCCAGGUGUUACCCCUUUCACGGCGCAGUCUCAAGCAUCCACUGGAGUGUCUGGUCCUGAAGCUCCAGUAGUGCGUCCAGGUGUUACCCCUUUCACGGCGCAGUCACAAGCAUCCACUGGAGUGUCUGGUCCUGAUGCUCCAGUAGUGCGUCCAGGUGUUACCCCUUUCAUGGCGCAGUCACAAGCAUCCACUGGAGUGUCUGGUCCUGAAGCUCCAGUAGUGCGUCCAGGUGUUACCCCUUUCACGGCGCAGUCACAAGCAUCCACUGGAGUGUCUGGUCCUGAAGCUCCAGUAGUGCGUCCAGGUGUUACCCCUUUCACGGCGCAGUCACAAGCAUCCACUGGAGUGUCUGGUCCUGAAGCUCCAGUAGUGCGUCCAGGUGUUACCCCUUUCACGGCGCAGUCACAAGCAUCCACUGGAGUGUCUGGUCCUGAAGCUCCAGUAGUGCAUCCAGGUGUUACCCCUUUCACGGCGCAGCGCUAUGUGAAUCACUUCUUGUUUGCGACUGUUGCAGAGCCGUUACCCUCUGGGAGCUACCGCGAUCUGAUCUGCAGCGCUUCAGAGCUGCCUAUGCCCUCACUGUCAGACACUGUCUUCCGUAGUCCUUUGUAG